AUGGUUACCCGCAAGCCCGUCCUCAACGAGACCUCCCUCGAGACCAGCGCUGCCCCGCGUGUUGAAGACAUGCGAAAGGAGGUCUGGAGGACAACAGACUCACCGUCUGACGUGGACAGCGUUUGGGACGAUGCUUCGCAGCAAAAGGGCGCUGCUGCUCUAAGCCAACAAACGAUACCCCACGACAUUCCCGAGUCUCUGAAGCCUGGCGGGGUUGCGGCACAGGGGCCCGAGAUGACCAACGGAGUUUGGAAUGACGUCGCUGGCCACCAACCUUCAACCGCAGGCGAGCCAACGAGCGAUUUUAACGAUGUACCGCUGGUGUUACGGCCAGGACCACCACGUACACGCUCCGACACGAACCCAUUUAAGCGGAAGGACGUCCGUAACGACUCCAAUCCAACAUCGCCGCCGGCGAACGGUACCCCGACUAUGUCCCCGGCGCAACCACUCUCUCAGAUGAGCACCGGCGAGAUCAGUAAUAAUCCAUGGCAGCCGGCCCUCGAUCAUCACGCUCAGAGAGCAGCCGCGGCCGACGCCCCGCAGCCUCUGCGUACUCAGAACAGCGGAGAGUCCGAGCGCGAUGCUUGGGCUGCAACCCAAGAGCCAAGAUUGCCCGCUAUUUCGACGUCUCCUGCACUGCUUUCGCUCCCCUCGGAACCCACCUCACCGGCAUGGGACGACCUGCCAGAGAACCAGACAAAGAAGCCAGUAGAACUGCCAGCAGCGUCAAUUCCCAGCGAUGAAAUUGCGGACCAGAAUGCCUGGGACGACCUAGGCGGUCAGAACAAGGGCAAGGGGAAGGCUCCAACCCCCGCUCCCGUUGGUCUCCCUCCCACAGUCGAAGACGGUCCCAUGGAUGAUUGGAACCUCAUCGACGUGGAGCCGCCAGCUGGCCCGCCGCCAGUCAGAUCGCAAGCGCCAGACCAAAUUCGCGAGAGGUCUGAACUGGUCACUGACGACAAGGUAGCGCCAGCAUUGCCCCCGCGGAACGAUGAUGAAGCGCAGCCUCCGCGCCAACCCCCGCGGCCUGUGGAUGGCAAAGCCGAAACAUAUCAGAUCAAGAAUGUCCGUUGGCAUGACCACAGUGCUGAGAAGAGUCCUCGGGUCUCGCCAAUUCUCGUACAGAAUGCCAACGGCCCUUGCCCGCUCCUUGCUCUGGUCAACGCGCUUACACUAACGACCCCGUCAUCUCAGUCGGAAACGGCCUUGAUAGAGGUCCUCCGCUCCCGGGAACAAAUCAGCCUCGGUUAUUUAUUGGACGCUGUCGUUGAUGAGCUGAUGAGGCGAACACAAGAAGCUUUGCCUGAUGUGUCCCAGUUGUACGAUUUCCUGAAAGGGCUUCACACGGGAAUGAACGUUAACCCACGUUUCGUUCCCACCCCCGAAAUCAUCAAGGCCUUCAAACGCACCUCCUUGACUCACCUACACCCGACCGAACGGGACGACUUGAUACCUGGAACUUUCGAAGAUACCAGAGAGAUGGCGCUGUACGCUGCCUUUGCGAUUCCGCUUAUCCAUGGGUGGCUGCCCACUAAAAAUGAUCCGGCCUACUCUGCUUUUGAGCGUCAGGCCGCCUCUUUUGAAGACGUGCAAACGCUUCUAUUCCGAGACGAGGAGCUGCAGGAAAGGUUGGGAGAGCUGACAGAAGAGGAAGAGCGGAUAUACUCAGACAUACAGUCGAUAAAGGCAUUUUUGGAGACUUCAGCGACCCAGUUGACGCCAUCUGGAUUGGACGUUAUAACCAAAGCCAUGAAGCCUGGUUCUUUUGCCAUUCUCUUCAGGAACGAUCACUUUUCAACAUUGUACCGACACCCUGCGACGCAGCAGCUGCUAGUGCUUGUAACUGACGCAGGAUACGCCACCCACGAUGAAAUUGUGUGGGAAUCCCUGGCUGAUGUGAACGGUGAACGAACCGAAUACUAUUCCGGUGACUUUAGGAUUGUGGGCGGAGAGCAGCCGCAGGGCAAUUCCCGGGGACAACCUACCUCAAGAAACAAUGCCCAAAACCGACCCAGAAUCGACACGAGUAGCGUCAAUGAUGGAGACUGGACUACUGUCCCCGGCCGCGGCCGCAACAAGCAUCUCGAGGCGGCAGCACAAGGUGACGAGAUGCCCCUGUCGCCGAACCACGAGCAAGAAGAUCGGGAUCUCGCCCUCGCGCUUCAGUUGCAGGAAGAGGAGGAACAACGCCAUAGGGCAGAACAGUCGGCCCGUCGACGCGAGAGCCAGCUUAGCGAGCAGUACAUUGAGCAACAAGCCCGAUUGCAACAAGGCCCAACGAGCAGACGUGCAGCUGAUAGGCAGGCGGUCCGGGCCGGCGUACACAGCAACAGCAACAGCAACUUGGCGGCUUCUCGCGGCAGCCGCCGAAACUCGAGCACCAACAUUAGCAACGCUACGGUACCGCCGACGUCGGGUCGCCAGCCGGGGCAACCGCCUCAGAUGGUGCGGCCGCUGGUUCCUCCCACGGUUCCCGCACGCCGGCAAGGUGUGAACCGACCGGCUGACGAAGGCCUGGAUGAUGCCCCGCCGACAUACGAGCAGGCGCAGGCGGCUGCCAAGUACGAACCACCUCUCGGGCACCCUCACCAUCAUGCGAGUAGUCCUGCCAACCGACAAGGUAACGGCGGGGCCGGGCCGUCAUACUCACUGUCGUCCUCGAGGCCGGGGAUGGGCAGCGGUCGUGGGCGUGUGCUUGGACCUGGCGGAGUGGUGGGAAGUUCGCAAGGAGGAAGAGAAAGGGAUUGCAUCGUAAUGUGA